GCAGGAAGUAAACCGGAUAUUGGGCGAGCCUUGGCAAGAUCGGAAGUACGUCACAGAUUUGGUGUGCAGGGGAAAAAGAAAGGCACUGGAAACAAACCUAGCUACAGAGUAUGUAAUAUUUACCGAUUUUAAAUGUUUUGGACACCCUGGUCUGAUACAGUCACCGAAGAUGGCAAAGCUCCAGGGGUUUGAUUUUUGGAAGAAAACUCUGAAAGAAGCCUCCUUUGUGGUGGCACCUAUGGUGGACCAGAGCGAGCUAGCAUGGCGUCUACUUAGCCGUCGCCACGGCGCUCACCUCUGUUACACGCCCAUGUUACACGCGCAGGUUUUUGUUCGUGAUGCUAACUACAGGCGAGAAAACCUCUAUAAUGAGGUUUGUGAGGAGGAUCGACCAUUAAUAACUCAGUUUUGUGCAAAUGAUCCCGAGGUGUUCAUUCAGGCAGCUCUUUUGGCAGAGAAAUACUGUGAUGCCAUUGACCUCAACCUGGGUUGUCCUCAGAUGAUUGCUAAAAGGGGGCACUAUGGAGCUUUCCUGCAAGAUGAAUGGGAGCUGUUACAAAAAAUGGUCACAUUAGCAAAUGAAAAGCUGUCUGUGCCAAUCACAUGUAAGAUCCGUGUGUUCGAGGACAUCGAAAAAACUGUCCGCUAUGCCCAAAUGCUGGAGAAAGCUGGAUGCCAGCUACUCACGGUGCAUGGAAGAACCAAAGACCAAAAAGGAGCACUGACUGGAAUUGCGAGUUGGGAACAUGUCAAAGCAGUUCGGAAGGCAGUAAAUAUUCCUGUCUUUGCUAAUGGCAACAUUCAGCAUCUAAGCGAUGUGGAACGCUGCAUUAAAGAGACCGGUGUGCAAGGGGUCAUGAGUGCAGAGGGUAACCUUCAUAACCCAGCACUCUUUGAAGGACGUAGCCCACCAGUUUGGGAAAUGGCAGAAGAAUACAUUGAGGUGGUGAGGCAGCAUCACCCAAGCAACUUGUCCUAUGUACGAGCCCAUCUCUUCAAGUUGUGGCACCACACGCUUCAGAUCCAUCAAGACCUGAGAGAGGAAUUAGCUAAAGUGAAAACUCUUGAUAGUUUGGCUAAUGUUAGUAACCAGCUGAGACUGCGAUGUCAGGAGGAGAUUGCUAGAGAAAAUGAGAUGCAUAAGGAGAGCAGCCUGCCCUUUCCUCACUGGAUCUGCCAACCAUAUGUCAGGCCACCGCCAAAAGAAGUUAAUAACCAGAAUUCACAAGUGAAGUUGACAGGGUGCCAAAAGAGAGUACUGGAGGACAACACUGUGUCAGGUCAACAACUCUCCAAAAAUAAACAGAAGAAAAGAUCCCGCAAUCCCGACAAGAACUUCUGUCCUGAUCAGAAACCCAAGUACAUCAAAUGUGAACAGUGUGGCAAUCCAAAGGGAAAUAAGUGCGUCUUCAACCUUUGUCGAGGGUGUUGUAAGAAGAAGUCCUACAAGGAGGUGGCAAACUGUUUAAGCCAUGGACUUAAAUUUAAGACCAAGGCAGAUGCAAUUAAAGCUCAAGAGGACAAGAGAGAUCCAGAAAUUGAAAUGGAGAAAAACUGCAGCCCACCACAGUCUCUUCAGCAUCAACCCACAAUGCUGCAGAAGUACGAGGCAUAGCCUCCACCAUGGAUUGGACAACUACCAUGUCUUCCUUCAUAAACCUUGUGAAUAUGCUCUGAGCUGCCAUAGGUUUUGGUGCCUGAACUACCUGUAUUUUUAUUUCCAGAAAAACACAAAUAGGUGACAAUUUUAUGUCCAAUUUUAUGAAAAAAUAUUUGAAGUAGAACUUCAAAUCUAAUUAAUAUACAGUAAUUCAACAUGUUCAGACAGUGUUAUUAAAGCACCAAUAUUUCAGCUAACUUGGUGACAAAAGGUUCAGUCCUAUAUAAUCACUGAUGAAAGCUUAAAAGCAUUGCAUGGACUUCUGCUUUGAAUAUUUAAUAAACCAGGCUAUGAUGGUA